GCUUCAUAUCGAAUGUUUUCACCGACAAGCAACAUAUAGCUGGGCUCAGUAUGAAGAUCUUUGGCGUGGAUUAUUCUUCUUCUCUCUGUUCCUGCGUUCUAUUUUAGUUUAUGCGUAUACGUCCCUCUGAUCUGAACUGGCAUUUCACCUACCCAUAGCCUCGCUUGCAGGCGAUCGUUGUGACGUCCCUUUCAUCUUCUAAUAUCGUAAAAAUCAUAAACUUAAGUAUUGAGGUGACAAGGCCCUCUGGCUCUAAGCCUCAAACAUGGCUAAUAAUUGGGGACUCGUUACCACGUUGGUAGCCAUAUUCUUGUCGUUGGCCGCCGUCCACGCACAAAACUACCCCCUAGUGACGGAUUCGAGAUGCAACUGCUACAGAACUAACACGACGACUUCCCAUUACUUUACGCAUCAUCGCUUCUUCGAUUUUAGGGACCAGACCCGGAACGUCCGCGUGCCAGGGCCGAUCAAUGAUCCAAAAGGUAGCGCCGAUGCGCCUGUAACGAAUAAUUAUUUCAACGAUCCCGCAUGGACGAGCAUGUGGGCCAUCCAGACAUGGAACAACAGUGCUCUCAUGAACGGUAGCUCGGACAUCACUGGAAGUGAUGCAACGGUACUGAUGGUGAACUCGGCGAAUAAUAUCUACUUCGAUAGGAAUUCAGAUCUACGAGCGUCCUCCAAGACGUAUCUCGUGAUGCGAACAAUGCGCCAUGGUGAUUUCCAAUCGGCUUCAGAGAUUGAGUCGGUCUCCCUCGGUUAUCGGUAUCUGUCUAUCCGUAUGUACGCCAGGACUAGGGGUGCGCCGGGGGCCAUUACGGCUAUGUUCACUUUCCGCGAGGCGCCAAAGAUUGCUCAAGUACAAGAAGCCGAUCUCGAGGUUAGGACCGUCGACCCGAAGUACUCGAUACAGUAUACGAAUCAGCCAUCCUGGAACGAGGCCGGUGAUAUCCCUCAAGCAACUCGAAAUGUCUCGUUGCCAAACCGCGUAGAUUGGUCCAAGUGGCAGCAUCAUCGAAUGGACUGGACCCCGGGAUCCACAAGUUGGUUCGUCGACGGGCAGCUUAUGUCUUCCAUCCAGUUCCAAGCACCCCGCGAUGCAAGCCGUAUCAUGUUCAACAGCUGGAGCGAUGGUGGCAGUUGGAGUGGCAACAUGACCAAGGGCCAGUCUGCGGAGAUGCAGAUUCAGUGGAUCGACAUCGUUUAUAACAGCACAGACCCGGUGCCUGGAAACCCGUUCACGAACCCCGGAGCUGGACGAUCGUGUGCAAAUACCUGCAGUAUUGAUCUCACCUCGAAAACUGGAACCCCUGUAUUGAUAUCUGGGCCUCAAGGCGGGCAACCCGGACAACCACCGGCUCCCGGUGGUGGUAACGCCUGUGCUGCGGCUAAAUAUGGGCAAUGUGCCGGCAAGACCUGGAAUGGGUGCACUGUCUGUGCUGCUGGAACGACAUGCAAGUUCCAGAAUGAUUAUUAUUCGCAAUGUCUGUAAAGGGCCUUUGGUUCUAUUAGCGUUACUUCUGCUUGACUUAAGCCUUUCUUAGCUGAUACCACAGAUAAAUAUCUAUAAGCAACCUAUAUUUUAC